AUGAUCGAUGUUCGUAUGGUAGGAAUUCAUGAUCUUAGAGGAAUAGGUAAGACUACAAUUGCAAAAAUUGUUUAUAACAAAAUUGUUGAUAAUUUUGAAGGAAGCUGUUUUUUAGAAAAUGUUAGAGAACAUUCAAGGACAAUUGAUGGCACAAUCCAACUACAAGAGAAAAAUCUUUCUAAGAUCUUACAAAACCAACAUUUGAAGGUGAACAAUGUACCUGAAGGAAUUAAUGUUAAAAAGGAAAGGCUUCACAAUAAAAGGGUUCUUUUGAUUCUUGAUGAUGUGGAUAAAUCAAAACAAAUAGAAAAUUUGCUUGGUAAACAUGAUUGGUUGGUACCAGGAAGUAGAGUCAUUAUAACAACAAGAGAUGAACACUUGCUAAUUGCUCUUGGAAAAGUUUGUACAACUUACAAGGUCAAGAAAUUAGACAAUCAUGAAGCUUUUGAACUCUUUAGUCAAUAUGCUUUCCAUAAAGUCAAUCCCGAUGAAGAAUAUUCUGAACUUACAAAUCAAGCGUUGUAUUAUGCCAAAAGUCUUCCAUUAUCUCUAACAAUAAUAGGUUCAAAUUUGUGUGGGAGAACAAAACCUGAAUGGGAAAGUGCACUACUUCAAUAUGAAAAAUAUCCCAAAUGGAGAAAUUUAUCAAAUACUUAA